AGCCGAAUUUUGGAUUCGAAUCCGAAUCGGAAACGGAAUCCAUGUCCACUGGCAUCGAAAACGAAACCGAAAUGGGCACAAUGCGCCAGCUAAUUUGUAUGCAUCGCGGUUUGCUGGCGGGGAUUGAAGAGCUCCGCGUAACGCGAUUGGGAAGCCAUCGGAAAUAUUAUGCAAGGGAGGGGGACCUACACAUUUAUGAGCUGGCGGAUUCAUAUAAAACGCUCGACUGACCUGCAGCAGUAGCUUCAUUCGCAGCCGAGCCAUCGACAUCAGCAUGCAGACGCAGUGUAUCCUCCUUCUCUUGGCCGCCAGUUUGGCCAUAUGUGUGGCGCGUCCGGAACCACCUAGAUCCCGCUAUGGACCGCCGCCACCCCCAGCUCCCCAAAAGGAAUACGGCCCGCCGGCUCCGCAAGCACAGCCUCUUCCCGUUUACGGACCACCAGCAGCUUUCUACGGACCACCAGCUGCCUCGGAAGCGCUCGUGACUAAGAACGUUUACGUGCAUGUGCCGCCAGAGGAGCCAGAGUUCUAUCCGGCCUCGUCGCCCAUCCAGACGGCCGUUCCCAAGAAGCACUACAAGAUCAUCUUCAUCAAGGCUCCCAACCCCCCGACCCCUGUGCGCCAGGUGCUCCCACCCCCGGUCCAGGAUGAGCACAAGACUCUUGUGUAUGUUCUGGUGAAGAAGCCCGAGGAGCAGCAGCCCGUCAUCCUGCCCGCUCCAGAGCCCACAGAGCCCAGCAAGCCGGAGGUGUACUUCAUCAAGUACAAGCAGCAGCAGCCCAAGCCGGCCACCCAGUACGGCCCACCACCAUCCGCCCCCUCUGAGGAAUACGGAGCACCACCUGCCCCGCGCACCGUCGAGCAGUUCUAGUUUGUAGAGUCGUCUAGGUCCACAGCCCAUGAAUGUAAAUAUUAUUUAUGAUCGCUGCCAUUAAAGAGAGUUUAGAGAAUGCGAAA